AAACGAAUCAUUCUCUGCGCAGACGGAACCUGGCUGGCCUCUGACCUUGGAGACAAAUCCGUACCUUCAAGUGUAGCCAAAUUGGCGCGAGCGAUAUCACCAAACGGACUGGACGAUCAAGGCAGAAUCAUCAAGCAAAUCGUGUCUUAUCACUCAGGUGUAGGCAGUGGAGAUCUUCCGUUCCAAAAGGCCAUCGCUGUCCUCUCAGGCGGCAUAGGAUGGGGCCUCGAUGCCGAUGUCACGCAAAUCUACGACUUCAUCUCCAACAAUUACCAGCCUGGAGAUGAGUUGUUCUUCUUCGGCUAUUCGCGAGGUGCGUUCACCGUACGCUCAGUGGCCGGAUUGGUCUCGAAUAUUGGCGUUUUAUCGAGUACCAAUAUGUCCCACUUCCCGGAGAUGUGGAGAGCGUACCGG